CAAAUGAUUCGCAAAGGAUUCGAAGCUUCACGAAGCGUGUUUCGAAAGCGCCCGUCACUGUUGCGAGGCAAAAUCAUAUGUCGUGAGCUGUUGACAUUGAAGCUUUACGGUGCUACCGUAUUUCUGUUAAUGAACACAAAGCUUUUUGUACUUUUAUGUGCAGUAAUAACAUGUCAGCGCCCCUGCCAGCAAUUGUUCCCGCCGCUUGUAAAGCAACUGCCGCGGUGAUAUUCCUCCAUGGCCUGGGAGACACAGGGCACGGAUGGGCUCAAGCUAUGGCAGCGAUCAGGACCCCUCAUGUCAAGUACAUUUGCCCUCAUGCACCAGUCAUGCCCGUCACCCUCAACAUGAACAUGGCAAUGCCUUCCUGGUUUGACAUAAUUAACCUCAAUCCUGAUGCGGAGGAAGAUGAAUCUGGAAUUAAAAGAGCUGCUGAAAGCGUCAAAGCACUGAUUGAUCAAGAAGUAAAGAGUGGUAUUCCAUCUCAUAGGAUUGUGUUGGGCGGCUUCUCUCAGGGUGGAGCGCUCUCUCUCUACAGCGCGUUGACGGCGCGUCAGAAGCUGGCGGGUGUCGUCGCUCUCAGCUGCUGGUUGCCCCUCAGGAACUCCCUGUCGCAGUCCGUGAUAAGCAGUAAUAAGGACAUAUCGGUGCUGCAUUGUCAUGGCGAAGAAGAUCCUCUGGUGCCCCUUAUUUUUGGCAGUCUCACAGUAGAGAAACUCAAAAUGAUGCUGAACCCCUCCAAUAUCACCUUUAAAACAUAUCCUGGGAUGGCUCACAGUGCAUGUCCUGAGGAAAUGAUGGACAUCAAACAGUUUAUUGAGAAGCAGCUUCCUCCAAUCAAUCAAUAAAUCAUUUAUACUCAU